AUGCGAAUACCGCCAGUUGAAGUCAUCUUAUCGUGGCCCACGCCCAACUACCUCGAUCCUCCAACGAGAGGAGAAGCAUUACUCGUUCUGAUGGUGCUGUUCUCCGCCUUGGUCCUGAUAGCCGUAUUGGGUCGCUUCUAUUCGAGAGUCAUCGUGAAGAAAGGGUUUGGUUGGGACGACAGCAUGAUUGUAUUAGCAUUGGUGAGCUCUGGCAUAUGCGGAUCGCGACGUCGGACGCUAUCUCACGGCGCGAUAGAUCUUCUCGCUGGCCAUGAAUAUCACCGUCAUACUCGCGAACCGAAAGUACGGAUGGAACCGCCACCUCUGGGACGUUGACCCAACCGAUUAUUCAAAUGCAGGCAUCAUUGCUUUCACCGCGAAGCUCCUCUUCGUGGAAGCGGCAACAUUCACCCGAAUGUCCUUGCACUGCUUCUACUAUCGACUGGUAAGAGACAGCGGAAUUGGAUGGUUCAGAUACGUGCUGCACGCUAGCAUGCUCUUCAUCGUAUUGCUGGGCAUUGCAUCCAUCUGCAUCGGCAUAUGGCUUUGCGUGUGAGUUCAUGGGGUCUCGAGUUCACAGGAAUGUACUGACCGCGGCUGCAGACCUGUUCAGUCGUAUUGGGUCUUUCCACCUAUGGAAGACGCCAAGUGCUUGGAUGAAGGUGUGGUUACCCUGGUGAUUGGAGUGCUUAAUUGCUUCGCAGACCUUCUGACAACUCUCCUGCCGAUACCGCUUGUCAUGAAACUGCAGAUGCCGCUCAAACAGGUGAGUGAAUGCAUUGCACUACCAGAUAUGACCUGGUGGUAUACUGAUAGUGGACAGCGCAUUGGCGUCUGUAUUCUUUUGAGUCUUGGUAUAGUCGUGACUGUCGCCGGCGUGGUGAGGACAUACUACGUGUGGUAAGCCACUUGAAACACAUCCGCCCCGAGAGCUUUUCAGGUCUUGGAGAAAGGCUGACGUUAUGCUUUGCGCCAUUAGGGUAGCUCUCAUCAAGAGUUGGGACGAGACCUGGUUCUCUUACCCUCUCUGGAUAUGCGCAGCUAUCGAAAUCGAUGUCGCAGUGGUACUACAUACCUCCCCUCGCUCCCUUCUAGCCUCUCUUCCACACAUCGCUAACGACAUCCAGAUCUGUGCCUGCGCUCCCGCCCUGAAACAUAUCCUCCACCAGCCCCUCUCCCGCCUCAGCAGCCAAAUCUCCGCCGGAAUCUCUUCCCUCCACUCCUCCGUCCGCGGCGGCACCACCGUCCCUCGACCCACACACUCCUCCAACGCAACCAACCGCUCCGUCCGUCCUUUCCGCAAGAAGUCCGGCGAUUCGCUCUGGGAUGCCCACGAAGAAUACAAGACACUGAAGCGCAUGGAAGCGAAACAACAGCAGAUGACCGCUACCACGGUGUCAUGUCAUGUCUCUCCAAGCGCGGAGCAUGAGAUCCAUGAAUUGCCGCCGCCGCCGCCGCAGCGCCCCGAUGCUCCGAAACGCACGCCGACGCUGGAGAUCAUCAAGAUGCAGAGCGUGGAUCAGGAGAUUUCGUACUUGACUCCCGAGAGGAGCCAUGCGAGUGCGAGUGGGAGUGGGAGUCCGCCGCAGACGGUGGCGACGGAGUUGGGAGAGUCCUAGUAGUAGUAGUAGUAGUAGUAGUAGUAGUAGUAGUAGUAGUAGUAGUAGUAGUAACGAAAGGGGCGCUACUACGUCGCUGCUCGUGCUGAUCUUGGCGGAUCGGGUACUAACUAUCAUGCGGUUGAAACAGGACAGAGCAUACAAAACUUCCCAGACCCGACCAAAAACAAAUUCGAUGGGCUUUUCUCCCAGCCUUUGUAUAGGAAUUAA